GCAGACUAGUGAAUGUCAUUUGUUAUAUAAAAAUUACGCAAGUGAAAUUUUCGAAAUUACUAAGUUUAUAGAGAGAUCAUCGAGUAAGAUGACAGGUAAAAAAUUGACAAAGGAAGAAACGAUAAGGCUUCGAAAUGAAUUUAUAGGCAAGUCUUGCCCUCUUUUCUAUAAAUCUAAUCCUUUAAAGAUUGUAGAAGCUAAAGGCCAAUAUAUGUAUGAUGAAGAAGGACAAGAGUAUUUGGAUUGUGCCAACAACGUUUGCCAUGUUGGGCAUUGUCAUCCAAAAGUUGUUGCUGCCGGGGUAGAACAAAUGGAAAUAUUGAACACGAAUUCAAGAUAUUUAAACGAUAAUAUUUUACAUUUAUCAGAAAGUUUAUUAAAGAAAUUUCCACCUUCGCUGAAUAGAAUAUACUUUACUAAUUCAGGGUCCGAGGCUAACGAUUUGGCUAUGAGACUUGCUAAAACUUAUACGGGUAAUCAGGAUAUAAUAUGCCUUAACGCAGCUUACCAUGGGAUAACUGAAGCAACGAUGAAAGUAUCCCCUUACAAACAGUUGUAUUCUAAACCAGAUCAUGUCCACGUUGCGCCAAACCCGGAUACUUAUAGAGGAAAAUUUACAAGGGACGAAUUCGAAAGUGACAAGGAAUUAUCAAAGCUUUACGCGUUGGAAAUUGAAAAAAUACUGAACAGGCUAAAAGAAUGCAACAGAAAAAUAGCCUGUUUUAUUCAUGAAAGCCUUCAGAGCUGCGCAGGACAGAUUAUAAUGCCUAAGGGUUAUUUGGAGAGUGUAUAUAAGCAAGUUAGAGAACACGGAGGGGUUUGUAUCGCGGAUGAAGUUCAAGUAGGAUUUGGUAGGGUUGGAAAAUAUUGGUGGGGAUUCGAAAUGAAUGAUGUCGUUCCAGACAUAGUUACGCUAGGUAAACCGAUGGGAAAUGGUCAUCCUAUAUCUGCUGUUGUAACAACUAGAGAAAUAGCUGAUCAAUUCUUUGAGAAAGCAGACUCUUUUUUCAGUACUUUUGCGGGGAAUCCUGUAUCUUGUCGUAUUGCCUUGGCUGUUCUCCAAACGAUUGAAGAAGAGAAUUUAAGAGAAAAUGCAAUUGAAGUUGGACAUUACUUUGUUAACGAAGUAAAAAAGCUAAAAUUAAAGCAUAGCAUCAUCGGAGAUAUUCGAGGUGCUGGCUUAUUCGCCGGAAUCGAAUUGUCCAAAGACCGUCUGACGAAAAAGCCGGCAACAGAAGAAGCAGCAUUCAUUGUAGAUUCAUUAAGGAAUCGUAAUAUAAUUAUGACAAUUGAUGGUUUAGAUGAAAAUGUCUUAAAGUUUAAACCACCAAUGUGUAUAACUAAAAGUAACGUUGACUUUUUAAUGUCUCGAUUGGAUAGUGUUCUAUUAGAAUGUCGAUUUUCAAAAAAUACUGUAAAGCGUCAAUUAUCAACAGAAUGUGAUGAAAAUGUUCCAGACAAGAAGCAAAAAGCCUAA